AUGUCCGGCUUCUCAUCUCCGAUCGCCUCGCCCCGCUCGCGCUCCCGCUCCCGCUCAAACAGCAUGUCCCCGCGGCUGUCCUCCGAGAAACUCCUGCCAAGCAUCCCCGAAGACGAGCCAUCCCCGCCGUCCACUCCACCACCUCCCCCUUAUGCCAACGCGAGCCUGAUCAACUCGCACCUGGCCGCCGUGGUCGAGCUCGUGAACCAGACCUCACGCGCCGCCGUCUCCGGGCCACCCACCCGAUCGCACAUUCUCGGCCGCAGCCACCAGCAGCACCAGCAGCACAAUCGCCGCGUCUACCAGGACGUCCAGUACCAGUACGACCCGGAGUCGCACGGGUCCCGGGCGCGCGAGUUCCACGAGGCCGCUAGGCGGAGGCAGCACGCCCAGCUGGCCGGGCUGCUUCUAUUUGGCGUCUUCCUGCUCAGCUGCGGCGGCAUGCUCAUCGCCUUCAUCACAGCCGCUGUCAAGGCGGGCAGGCAGGACGCGCACGACUUUGAGUUGCGUAGGCAGUGCUUCCUCACGCACAACCGCGCGUCGCAUUGUGAUGGCGAGUAUGGCCGAUGGUAG